AUGAUGUGGAGCCGUAAGCGAAAGCCGCGUUUGGCGAAGAUCGAAGACGAGUUUCCCGCUGGCGAAGGGGACCGAAACUUCCAGGAAACCAGCCCGACAGUGACGUCAUCACUAGAUGAAUCGCCAGCGACGUCAUCUGAAGCAGCCACUGUAGCAGCAGCAGCAGCAGCAGCAGCAGUGGUACCAGCAGCGUCGCCUACUAGUCCGGUGAACCCAGCAGUCCGACCAGCGAGCGUUGCUGAAGGAAGCGGGGAGGGAGCAGACGCUGGUUUCAACGUUGUUAAAGACGCAGAACGAGCUACUGCUGCUGAUGACAAUCCGGGGCUCAGGUCCAGAGGUUUUGGAGGUGGUAACUCUGGGGGAUUGGACGAUUCUGAGUCCCCCGUUCGUUACGUUCCCCUGGCUUUCGAUAUAGUCACAUCUGGUUUGGAAGACGAGAUCAGCCUGCUGGAGCGUCUAGUGGCGAACCAUUUGAUAUUGUCACAAUUCGAGCUCGCCAGAGCGGCUGUCGGGGACCUUGCACGGCUCAGCCCUUCCCGUGCGAUUUCUCUGCUCAGGAAUGUGAUUGUAACGGGGGGAGAGAUUCCCGGGGCUGUGUGGUCGGCAUCUGUCCCGUCUGCCGCCCAUCUGACGUGGCUGUGCGUUGGGGAAUACAGAGAGCUGUGUAAGGUGCAGGGAGAGAGGGGAGAGAGAGGCGAUUGGGUGAGCGGAGAGAGGGAAGAGAGGGGAGAGGGAGGGGCUUGGGUGAGAGAAGAAGAUAGAGGAGGCUCUGAAAGGGAUGAUUGGACGGCCGCUGCUGCAGAUGCGGACGGACAGGGAGAGGAAGAGGAGGGGGAGGACGAGGAAGGAGAGGAGCUAGGAUGGCGGCACACAGGCGACGGUUUGGAGGGGGAGAGAGUGAUGGUUGAUGAAGCCGAAUUUGACUUGUAUCUGGCCCAGCUCUCACUCCAGGUGCAACAGUCUGCCUCCUCACAGAGAGUGGAUCGUCCUGUAACGCGUACAGGCGAGCAGGGGGGCUUUUCUGGAGCAGGCAGAGGGGGGGAGGAGCGAGAAGGGGAGGAACAAAGAGGGAUGGAGAGAGAAGGGAAGGAGAGAGAAGGGGAGGCUUUAAGAAGAGAGGAAGAGCUGCGUGCAGCAGUCACAGUGCUUCAUGACCGAUCGGUCUGGGGCCUUCCCAGUAGACCUGUGGUUGUGGGGAGUAGGCUUAGUGCUGGUGACAUAGGGGAAGAGGCGAAUGAGGCAGUGCUGGUUGGGCCAGCAGAGGCAACCGAGUCAGUAAGUUCUGCAGCAGAUGAAGAGAGGGGGGAAGCAGCAGAGGAGAGGGAGCAAGGCGAUGCUGAAAGAAUCAUCCCUGAUGCAACACCUGUCGGCAUCUCAUUGGUUGUUGGAGAGUACCCUGAGAUCCUGGACGAGCUUUCCAGGAACGUUCUGCGCCAGAGGAGUAGGAGGAGGAGGUUGUCGACGACGGCGCCAGGAAGCGACAAGAGACGUGAGAGCGAGGGUAAUUUACCCUCGCAAUCCUGGCCGGCAGCUGUGGCGGCUGUGAGAUGGGUGCAGGAGGCUCAUCUGGGGGCGGUGGCAUGUAUGGUAGAGGCAGGGGACAUGAAAGCAGCAGCUGGUCGCCUGCGGUACCUGAAUGCGGAGUAUGGGGCUGUGGAAGAGGAGCAAUACAGGUCCGCCCUGCACCAGUUGGUCCUCGCACUGCGCCCGCAGGUGCCCCAGGAAGCGCCGUCCAACACUCCUGUUUGGACGGCAGUGAGAAAGGAAGAGACAAGAAUUGCCGUCCAGGAGCUGAUAUCUUCGGGUUCGGCCCGCCUCAUCAGGAUGUUUCAGCAAUCCGCCCGCCACUCCCCCUUGAAGGCUCUUCACGCGCUGCUGCUGUUGUCUCACUCACUCGUGCUCCCCUCUCUCCUCCUCCAGGCUGUAUGGGACGACCGCAUCCACAGCGAGUCCCAGCGAUCCGCGCGUCACUUCCCCAUCGCCCCUCCCUUGGAGGCCUUACACGCCCUGCUGCUGGCACACGGGCAAGCUGACAGCGACCCUGCAGCAGAACGGAAUGAAGCAGACGGCCACCCAGAGGCAACUGAACUGGAGAGGAAAUCGGACACAGAAGGGGCUCACGUGGACGCGAAUGAAGCAAGUGAAUUGGAGCAUGCGAGGGUGGAGAGGCAGGUGGUGGUGGGGAGUGUGCUGGAGGGAGCUUUGGCUGCUGUGCAUGCGGGGCAGUUCGCAAAAGCAAACCAUGUAAGCCCCUCCCACCCCACCACACCACCCGCCUGCUCAUGCUUGUUUAUCUUCUCCCUUCUUACCGCUAUCCCUCCCUCCCUACAGAUCCUCCGUCUGUGCCCGCCUCUCCUCCCCCUCACCACACUAAUCGCCUGGGACCUCAUAGGACCUUCCCACCCCACCACCCGCCUGCGUCUCCUCUGGGCUCUCUGGCCUCACGAGUCUGCCCGUGCCCUGCUGCGGCUGCCCCAUGGGUCCGCGUCCGCCCAUGCGCCGCUGCCAAACGUGCCUCUUGCUGCCAACUUCUGGUCGUCGUCACAGCUGCAGCUGCAGCAUGCUGGCGUGUGCUGUGCUCACCUCAUCUACCAUGCACACCUGGCCUUCCUCAUUGCUUCUCGCCACGCUACCUUGCAGCAGCAGAAGCAGAGAAAGAAACAGCAGCAGCAGCAGCAACAGGAGCAGGUUUCUUCCCAUCAACAUCACCAUCACCCACACCACCAGCAGCAGCAAGGGCUAGGCCCACAGCCAAGGCCGUUGUCCCCUGCAGCUGAUCCCGGCCCUAUUUCUCCACCUGACAACCGAACUCAGAAGGGGCUCCCACGUAUGCUGAGUCCCAAGGCAGUGGCUCGUAUGGUGGGGACAGCCAACCCGUUCCUUGCACGGCUGGCAAUGGAGCUGCUGCACGUGCAGCCGCCCCUGCACGUGCUGCUGUCUCUGGGUGCCCACUGUUUCCUCCCACACGAGCUCAUAAAGCUAGUGCAGGCCCAGCCGGGAGCUGGGUGCAACGUGCUCGGUGGCACAUCUGGCAGAGACUGGGACGUGGAGCUUCUUCACAUGCUGUUUGCCGCCCACGCAGCAGAGACUGCCGUGCAUGCCAUGGCGGGGGGUGGCAGAGGAGGAGAAAUAAGGGGGGGAGAAGGAAAAGGGGGAGAAGGAAAAGGGGGAGAAGGAAGGGAAGGGGUGCAGGUGCAGUGUGGAGCAGCUGAGGCGAUAAGGGCGGUAGAGUCGUAUGAGCAUCAUGCAGCCCGUGUUACCACUGCUGCCCGCAAGAUCUGGAUGGGUUACACGGUGCGCUCACUCUUUCUUCUCACUGCCUCAAACAGCGCUCCAGCAGACGAGGAUUGCUUGGCAGCUGUGGCUAUGGCUCGGCUUCAGCAGCUGGCCAAGCAUGACGUGUGUCAUGCUCAUGUUGAUGCACAUGAUGCUGCUGCUGGAGCUGAUGUGGAGAAAGAUGCUGCUGCUGCUGCUGACACUGGUGAUCACCGGUUGAACACUGGUGGUACCUCUGCAUCGGUAGCACUGUCAACACCCUCGGCUGUUGCGUCCUCUCCUCCGGCUGUAGCAGUAAUGGAGGCCUUGCUGGCGGCUGUAGCCAGGCAUUUGCCGCCCCAGGGCACGGAGACGCACGGCAUGGCCCGUCCUUUUCUGCUGGAUGCGUCGCCCUUGAGCGGCGUCGACAGGCGGGCGGCACGGGCACUGUUGACGCGGAAUGAUGUGGGGGAGGUGGGAUCUGGUGGGGGUGACGAUGGUGGUGCUGCUGCCAACGGUGCAGCUGCUGCUUCUCCUGCUGCUCCUGCUGCUGCUGCUGAUGGUAAUGGUGGUGUUUCUGCCACUGCUGCUGCUGCAUCUGCUGGCCUGAAAAGAACAGAGUCCGAAGAAAAGCAGCUGGGACAGAAGGGAGAGGGGAGACCAGAAGGGUUGAGGACGCAAGAAGCGAUCAGCUUUCUUUCCAGAAGGAAAAGGAGGUUGCUUAGUGGGGAUGGGGCAGGGGAGGGGGAGGAGGGGAUGGAAGAGGAGAGAUUGGAACAGCUAGGAGGAGGGAUUGAUGGGAAGGGUGAGGAGGAGGAAGGAAUGAGAGGAAGAAAGGCAGAUGGAGGGCUGCCAGGGGAGGAGAGUUUGGCUGAAUGCGGCUCGGAUACAGAUCCUUCAGAUUCAGACACUGAAGUUGAGGGUCUAGAUGCUGAAUUUGCUGCUGAGCUGGAUGCUGAGCUGGACGCACAGGCGUCUGACGUGGCAGCAGCGGCAGUGGCAGUGCUGGCCUCUGAUUGGAAACAGAGGGCGCAGGUGGUGCGUGAUUGGCUGGACGACUGGCAGUGGCGGCUGGCUGUGCUGAAAGCUGAUUGGCUGGGCGUUCAUACUGGGCGUGGGAAAAGAGAGGAGGGGCGAGUAUCGGAAAAGGAAGAGGUUUUGGAGAGACAUUAUGAGGAGGAGGAGGAGGUGGAAAAAGAAGACAACGCGAGUGGUUCUGAGCAGGAGGGUGGAAUGGAGGGGCGUGUGAGGAACAAAGGAGAGGUGCAGGGGCAGGCAGGGAAGGGGAAGGAGCGGAGGCUGCGGAGUGAUUGGUGGGCAUGGGAAUGGCACGAGGUGGUGGCUUGGAUGCGAGUGGAACCCUCUGCUCUCAUCUCCUGCUGCCUGUCGGUGGGCGACUUCUCUCUCUGCGCCUCACGCACUCGCCGCUUCCCACUGGCCGUGCACUCUCUGUCCCUCUGCUGCCCGCCUUGCCUGAAUAUUGGGCUCGUCCCUCUGUUCCUCCUUUCUCUCUAUCCUCCCCGUCCUUCUCAGCUGCUUAACAGUGGGCGACUUCUCUCUCUGCAACGCGCUCACGCGUCGCUUCCCACUGCCCGUGCACUCACAGGCACGAGUGCAGCUCUCUGCACGGCUCGCCUUGUCGGUGAUUUCUCUCUCUGCCAGUCGCUCACUCGCCGCUUCCCCCUGGCAGUGCACACAGAGGCACGAGUGCAGCUGUCUGCAUGGCUCGCCCGCCACGAUCAAUCCAGAGUCGUCCGCUGGGACAGUGGAGGAGGGCGCUUGCACUCCAGCAGCAGCAGUGCUGGUGGUGGUGGUGCUGAUAUUGCUGCUGGCAGUGGUGGGAGUGAGAAGGGAGGUGGGAGCAGGGGUGGGUUGGAGAGGGUGGGGAGUGUGGAGGCGAGGGAGAGGCGAGUGAGGGAGAACGAGCAGGUGGAUUCGCUAUUCUCACUCUUCUUCGCUCCGUCGCAGGCUAUGUGGGAGAUGUUCCCUGCUCUUGACAUGGUGGCUGUGCUGCUGGACGCAGCAGCAACACAGGCUCGCACUGCCCCUGACGCCCUUGUUCUGCUCGACCAGGCACGCACUGUCUUGACAGCCUGGCACGCAGACCAGCAAGGACUUAAGGAAGAAGACAAGAGCCGAGGAGGGAAGAAUCAGCCAGGGAAGCAGCACCAGCAGCAGCAGCAGCAGCAGCAAGAGCGAGAGGAAGACAGUAGCAACAGCUUAAGCUCCGUGCAGUGGGUUACAGCAGAGCGGCUGCUGCAGCGGUUAGAAGCCAUUCAGAACCAGGACCCCACCACUCCCCUCCCGAGCCUGCUGGCCGCCGUGCAGCCACACCUGUCGCCAUCCCCGGGCCUGUCAGGCUCGGCAGGGGUGCGGCGAGGGCCCAAGGCUCGGGCGGUGAUGGCGCUGCAGCAGGUGGUGGCGGAUUGUGAGGCAGGCACGGCACAGUUUGUCAGUGGCAAGCUCCACAAUCUCAUUCGAGCCUUGGAGGAUCCCGAACCAGCAGCAGACCCCCUCAUCCCCGCACCUGCCACAGCCGCUGCCCAAUCAGCAUCCGCCACGUGUCCCCCUCCUGGCAGCGGGCUUGGCUUUGGCAUUGGGCUGGACGUGAUCUUGCCAGAUCAGCCUGCUACAGACGCUACAGCUGAUGCUGCGACAGCCGCAGCAGACGCUAUAGCCGGACCUUCCUUGUCCUCCUCCUCCUCCUUUUCUCUCUGGAGAAUGUUGCAUGGGGGAGGAGGAGGAGCAGGAGGAGGGGGACCAGCAAGUGUGCCUGCAGUAUCUGCCCGAACCGAUUCCCAAGGCUCGGUGGCUGCUGCAGCUGCCGUGGCGGGCUUAGCCUCGGCGACAGGUUCGGGAGGAGUGCGUGUGGCAGCAGGGUCUCCUGUGCACACGCCCCCUCUCUCCCCCCGUUGGACUCGCUCCUCCUCUGGCCUUGGCCUCUCCGCCGCUGCUACUGCUGCUGCUGCUGCUGCUGCUGGUGCUUCGGUGGCAGCAGCAAGAGAAGGAGCAUUGGAAGGUGCAGCAGCAGCAGCAGCAGCAGCAGCAGUUGGAGAUCUCUCUGAAGGAGGUUCAACCAGGUCUACCUCCCUCCCUCUUCCCUCCACUUCCGCUACCACUACCACUGCAUCCGCUGCUGCUGCUCCGUCUCCCCUUUCAUUACCAACACGCACCUCUACAGGCGCUGUCAGCAUGCCCCCUCCCUCCACAACCACCACCAUCACAACCACCACCAUCACAAGCACCCCAUCUGCUGCUGCUGCUGCACGCGCAUCUGCUCCUCCUGGUGCUGCGUCAGAUGCUCUCUCAGGUGCUUCCUCAGGUGCUUCUUCAGGUGCCAGGGCGUCUGCCCCACUGCCUCCUGUGCCGCGAUCGUCUAUGCCCAGUCUCUGGCCGUUCUCUUUCAACUCAGCCAACUCCAAGCAGGCUGACUCAGCAAACACGAAGCAGCCUGAUGCAGAUGGGCAGAAUGUAGUGGGGCUUCAGUCCCUUCUGGGUUCCGCCACUGGUGGUGGGGCAGCAGGAGCUGCAGAAGGAACAGCAGCAGGAGGAGCAGGAAGGGGAGGAGAAAGAGGAGCAGGAGGAGGAGGAGGAGAGAGAGGAGGAGGAGGAGGUGGGUUGGCAGGAGCAGUCUCAGCAGCAGCAGCAGGGUUGCGAGGGCCAGGGAAGCAGCCUUGGGAUCAUCCCAAGGGUUACCUGCCAGUUUUCUUGAACUAUGUGGUUCAGAUUGGGGAUAUAGUUGACGAUAGCGACCCCAGCCACCCCUUUAACUACUUCUCUUUACUAAACGUCGACCCGGUGGAGCUUUUAAGAGAGCUUGUAUUUGUGAGAGGGGAUAUUGCUGCUGCGUCGCAUGUGGCUGGGAUUAUGGGUAGGGAGUCCUUACCUGCCGAUAUAAUCCCCGCAGCUCUCCCGAGCCUGCUGCCGCCUGUGCCGAGCCUGAAGCUCUGCUCCGUGGCUCGGCGCUUCCGAAGCAGACUACUCGGCAGGUCCAGAGGAGGCUUGGGACAGGGUAGGCCUGGUAAGGGCAAGGUGGCAGGAGGAGUGGGAGGGGUGGAAGGUGCGGAGAAGCUUCUGGCACCUUCGCCGUAUGAGCCGCCGCGAUUUGCACUGAGCAUGGAUGUGGUUCAGCUGCUUGCGAGAGAAUCUAUGGUGCAUGCUGUGCUGGCUUGUGUGCUGGGAGCAGAGCAGCAGAUAGUGCAGAUGCACAGAAGGAAGGAGAGAGAGCGUGAUCUGAAAACAAUAGGUGCAUUUUCCGGUGGUGGUGGUGCUGCUACCAGUGGUGGUGCUGGUGGUGUGGGUAGGGCUGGUGGUGUGUUGGGCGGUGAUAGGAGCAGGGGCAAGGGAGGGGGAGUGGGAGGUGUGGCGAGUGCAGUGGAGGCAGAGGAGGAAGCUGCAAAGAAGCUGAUGGAGUAUGCACGCGUGCACUCUGCUGGCACCCCAAUCAUCCACCGGUGGGUCACUCUGCAAUCCGCCAUCCACUCUAUUGCCAUUGCUGCUGCUAAAGCACCCUCCCGCGCUCCCAACCAGCAAGCACCACCAGCAGCAGGAGCUGCAGCAGGUGUGGGGGCAUCAGUGGGGGGAGGAGGCAGAGGCGGGCCAUUGGGUGCUGCAGGGGGUGCAGGGAUGGUGGGGGUUGCACGGGUGAGGGAAUUAGAGGGAGGAAUGCAGAGAACAGCAGUGUCAACAGGGCAAGAGGAGGCACUGAGGGAACAGGCAUUGAGUUGGGGGGGUAGCUCUAGCCUUGGAGGGGUCUUGCCUGUGCAUUCGCCUGGAAGCAGCAGCAGGAGAAGUGGGAGGGCGGUUACCGGGUCAGCUCUUCUGCUUGCAGGGCAAGAGGGAACAGCAAGGAGAGUGAGAGGGGCGAGAUUGGGUGGAGCAGGGGGGGUAGCAGAGAGUUCCCUUGGGCUGGUGGGUAAAGGACAGGUGGGUGAAGGAGGAGGAAGAGGCACAAAACGGCCUCUUGCUGCUGAAAUCGAUGUGGUCGACGUGGGAAGUGGGGAGGAGGGGGUUUCAUUGACUAUGGGGGGAGAAACAACACGUGCGAAUGCUGGUGUUUCCGAGAGUGAGAGUGAUGUGGGUGAUACACUGAGUGAUGCAGCGAGAAGAAGAGAAGGAGCAGGUCCUGCUCAUGGGUAUCCCACCACAAUGCCAGAGCAGGGGGGUUGGGCAGGAGAAGAGGGGAGAGCGAGAGGAGUGAGGGAAGAACAGGGAACUGGUGAAGCAGGGCCCACAGGAGCAGCAGCGGCGACAGGAGCAGCAGGAGUGGCAGGAGCGGAAGGGGUGGUUGGUGCGACGGCAAGGACAGCGGGGGUGGCAGGGGCGGCAGUGGCAAGUGGUCGGCUGGAGGCUCUGUUAACGGAAUGGGAGGAUUUGCGGCCUGUGCGGAUUCACCUGGAGAGCCUGAUUGCUGACUCGCGAUUGGCCGAGGCUCUUGAGCUGGCGGACACGUGGCUGCCUGAGGGGGCGCCAGAUCACCUGCUGUGUCUUCUCGUGGAGCAGGCUGAGCGCUCUGAAGGUGCUGCUGCUGCUCACACGCACACGGCAGGGGUAGCAGGAGUGGCAGGAGGAGCCAUGAUGCGGUUCCAGAAGGUGCAUGCAACACAGGCAAGCAGGCUGCAGCACAGCCCACGGAUUGGAGGAGUAGGGUUUUCGAGUCCUGGUGGUGGUGCUGCUGCUGCUGCUGCUGCUGGCGGUGGGGGAGGGAUUGAGGGUGGGAUUCGUGGUGGCAGUGCUGGCAGGGGGGUGAGGAAGCCGGUGACAGUGGGUGACAGCUGGCGGUUCGUGAUUCGCGUGGCUGACAAGGAGCUGGCAGCGGCGCUGGCACUGAGGUACCACCACAGCUGGCAGCUGUCACACAUCCACACCGUAUUCAACACCUGCCUCUCACACCUCCCAUCACCGUCGCCCCUGCGGGCUCAGAUCCUCACCUGCAAGUCAUCGGUGGAUCAAUACACUCGCAUCCGCUCCGUUCUCAACGACAGAGCCCUUGCCACGUGGCAGCAGGUUCGCUCGCUCUGCUUCCGUGAUCCCGAGUCUGUUUGUCGCCAGCUGGCCGCCAAGGGAGCAGUCAAGGAGGCUGUGUCCUUAGCUGAAGCACAUGCUGCUGCUGCUGCACCAGCAGAAACACCAGCAGGAGCAGCUGCAGCUGCAGCUGCUGCAGGAGCAGGAGUGGGAAGAGAAGCUGCUGCUAGUGUUACCUGGGGGACGGGGGCUGCUGAAGCAGAUCGAAGAGCAGCAAUGGGAGCAGCGGCAGGAGUGGCAGGAGCAACAGGAGCAGAAGGAACGGCACCAGGAACAGCAGGAGCAGGGUCAGAAGGGAGGGUGGGUGGGGCGUUACUAGCAGAAUUAAGGGGGCGCUAUUUGAGUGAGCUGAUGGGUGGGGAUCCGUUACAGGGUGACUCGGGCCCAGCAGUGGGAAUGAGAUACCUGGAGAGGCUGAUGUUAGAAGGGGCAAAGGGAUGCAAUAGCAGGCAAGAUGGUCAGGGAGACAGGGACGGGGUGAAUGGUGACUCUGCUGCUGCUGCUGCGCCUGCGGUGGCUGGUGGUGGUUUGGGGAGCGGGAGUGGAGGCGCAGGGGAGGAAGCGAGGAGGGGAGUGGAAGGGAGGGAGGGAGUGAUGGGCGUGGUGCUGUCAGCCAUGCGGUGGGCUCCGUCCCUGCACGCCAAGAAGCUCAUUGUGAAUUUUGUCCUCAAGCGGGCUGCUGAGGCAGAUCUGCCUCCUGCUGACGUGGCAGACGCCAGGCAGCUCCAACUAGGCCUGCAGCUUCUGGGAACCUUCCCGGCGGAAUGGCAGCAGCGGCUGGGAGGGCAGCAUGUGGCUGUGCUGCUGCAGCCGGAGCUUAUAGUGGAGAGCCUUAUAAUGGAGAAACACACCUCUCUGCUGCCACAGCACUCCCUCCGCUCCUCCUCCUCCAUACCCCGUCCGCCCUCCGUCCCCCCUGCACCCAUCACCAGCAGCUUUCUGCGUAUUCAGCAGCAAGCCUCCCGUGUCUUCCCCUGGGGUGCUUCUGCUUCCUCCUCCUCCUCCUCUGCUGCUGCUGCUUCCAAUACUCCACCGUUUGCCAGCCCUGUGCCAUCGCCGCGUGGUGCUUCGGGGUUUGGAGGGCUGAUUGGCCGGCCUGUCGGGUACCUGCCAGGUGGCCGCACGGGAUUGGACGAGGUGUGCGAGGGGGGUAGUGGAGGCGGGGAAGGCGAGGAGGGAGAGGAGGAGGCAAUGGGGAGGCUAGGAGCGCGGGACAUACAGCAAGGAGCGAUCUUGAUAGGGGAAGAGACGCGGGAUGGUGAAACGAGAGCGCUUCAUGUGUUUCCAGACACACCAGAUAUCUCGCUGUUCCAGUCGCUUGCUUCGCUGUGUUCGAGAAGAUUCUCGGUGCUGAAAGGGCUGCUGGCAGUGGUGGUGGAGCAGGCUGGCGUGGCGUUGGCCAAGGAGAGUGUGCCACGUGGCACCAGCCUGCUGUCGCUGACUCAGACGGCUUUCUAUUCGAAAGCCUACCUCAAAGCGCAGCUUGUUAAUUUUGGACCUGCCACCCGAAGCACAGGCUCGGCACGCGAACCUCCCGCCCAGGUUCGUUCGAGAGGCUCCGCGCAGGUUCGGGGGCGAGAUCCGGCGCAGGUUCGGGCACAGCUGAAGACGCUGAAGCAGCUGCUGGGACGAGCAGAGGCGUGGAUUGCACGGGUGAAGCUUCUGAGAAGGUUCCUGGCGGACAAUGUGGGGGUGGGGAUUGACGAGCUUGGUGGGGGUGACCCUGACUUCCAGCCUGGUUCUCCUGGGUUGUUUGCCUCUCUAUACAUUCACUCAGUGAUGGGAGGAGGAGAGGAGAGGGGUGUGGCAGUGGGAAGGGGAGGAGGAGGGGGAGGGGGAGGAGACAUGGGCUGGGGUGGAGUUACUGGUCGUAGCGCUGAGAUGCAACAGCAGCAGCAGCCGCACCAGCAGUGGCGGCAGCAGCAGCAGCAGCAGCAGCCAAGGCCGACGCAACAGCAGCAGCAGCAACCGAGGUCGAUGCAGCAGCAACAGCACCGGCACGGCUCGGCACAGCCCCGGCUGCAUCCCGAAGCAGAAGCAGAGGCUCGGGAGGCGUCGCUAUCCGCGACCCUGGCGCUUAGGGACGGGUUGGUGAAGGAGGAGUGUUAUGAGCUGGCUGCUGCUCUGUGUGACACGUGUCAUCAUGUGAACCCAUGUCCUGUGUACAAGGCAUGGGCGAUGUCUCUCAUUCGAGUGAAGAACUACACCCAGGCCCGGCAUAUCCUAGAGCGACUCUUCCUCUUCCUCAACCCAACCUCCUCUUCUACUCCAACCACCGCUCCUGCUGCUGCUGCUGCUGCUGCUGCUGCUGCUGCAAGCACGUCUGGCAGGCGCGUUUCCUCCUCCUCCACCUCCUCUUCCUCUGCUGCAGCUGCUGCGAGUUCACAGGGAGCGGUGCUAGGAGCGGGAAAAACGGGAGGAGUGGGAGUGGGAGAAGGAGUGGUUGGAGGAGGGGGAGGAGGGGAGAGGAUGGCAGUGGUGGCACGGGAAGUGGUACGAUUCAUUGAGACCUGCAUUCCUGCCGAUGUGCCCGGCACUCAGCUGCUCCUAUCCCAAACAGAGAAGGCAGUGGCCGACUCUUUCCAAGACUCCCUCACAGCAGAGUCAUACCUGGGUGCUCUCACCUCCACCUCCUCACUCUUCAGCUCUCCCACUCUCCGCCCCUCCUCCUCCUCCACCUCCUCCUCCUCCCGCCCAUCCUCCUUAGCACCACUCCCAGCACCUGCAUUCGGUGCCACUAACAACACUCCUUCCGGUCCCGCUCCUGCUGCUGCCACUUCUGCGGGUGUUUCGCCGAUCCUGGGAUCCAUGCCUCCUCCUGCUACAUUGUCUUAUGACGACGGGAGAAAGGGGGGAGGACAAGAACGAUUAACAUAUGCCCGUCAGUCAGCGUUUGAGGCGCAGGGUCCGGCCUGGUCAGGGCAGGGAGAAGGGGAGUUCAGAAGGCAAGAGGAGGGGCAGGGAGAAGGGAACGAGGAGCGAAUGGAGGGGCAGGGAGAGGGAGUUGCAGUGGUGGAGGAUGAAGAGAGGGAGACGUUUUCUUACUUGGAUGAUGAGAGGUUCAACGAGUGCACUCAGCUGCUCAAGAAACAUGCCCCUCGGGAUCUCCUCCCCUUCAUGUUCAGACACGGCCGCUACCGCUCUGCCUGCUGGCUCCUCUUCUUCCCCCCUCCACCUCCUCCUCCCCGUCCAUCCUCCUCUUCCUCCCCCUCUCUCUCGUCCACACCCGAGCACGGCAGCAGCAGCACCACCACCACCACCGCGACCACCACUCUCUCAAACCCCUUGGCCCCUCAACCACCCGCUUUUUCACUCAGCCCGGCUCGCCCCACCCUGUCCUCGUUAUUAGACUGGGAUCCGUUAAAGUCAGAGUACGCUACUGUAGAAGAGCUGUGCGCGCUGUGUGUGUCGUACGGAGCACUUGAGGAGCUGGAAAGAGUGGUGGCAGAGGCGCUAGGAGCAGGAGGAGCGAAUGGUGGUGCUGCUGGUGGUGAUCUGUCUGUUGCAACAGCAGCAGCAUUGCCAGCGUCAGCAGCAUGGGCGAGUGGCAAUGUCAAGUGCCUGGCGGCUCUUUCCCGCAUCUGCACAUUCUUCGAAUCUCAAAAGAACUUCCACUUCCUCUUCCGAUUCCUCCUGCUAGCCAGGGACUACGUGGCAGCAGGGCUGUGCAGCAUCCAGCUCUUCCUCUACUCGCCCGAUCUUCGCACCGCAGCAACACACCUGCAGCAGGCACAGCUGCUCUUUGAGAAGGGCACGGAGGCCAGGCAGAACGCAGCAGCAGACCUGGCAGCAUCGAUCGGCCCUCUUGCUGCAGCCGGCAAGAGACUUGCCAUCUCUGCCGCCUCCUCUUCCUCCGCUGCUGCUGCUGCUGCGGGUGCUGCUGCUGCGGGUGCUGCUGCUGCGGGUGCUGCUGCUGCCGGUGCUGGCGCUGCUGGUGCAGGUGGUACUGGUGCAGGCGCAUCUGCAGGAGGAGGAGCAGGUAUAUCUGGAGCCGGUACCAGCAGCAGUGGCGGCAGCAGCAACAGCAGCAGCACUACCACCAGCGUGGCGCUGAUUGCCAAGCAGCGGUCGGCGACAGCAAAGAUCUCAGAUGAAGAUCUGCUGAGGCUGCAGCGGCUGGCAGAGCUGCAGGUGGAGGUGGUGCGGGUGGUGGGGGCGUGCAGUGGCAGGGACAGCAGCGGCGUGCCUCUCGUGGGGGCUGCCAGGAAGGCCCCUUGGAGCGUGGCUCUGUUUGGAGCCGUGUGGAGGCGCCGUGUGGAAGUGACAGAGUUUCUGGUGGAGAGAGAGUUUGACCUGGCGCUGGAGGUGAUCAACUUCCUGCACCUACCAGCUGUGCAGAUCUGUCGGCGUGUGGAAGUGACAGAGUUCCUGGUGCAACGGGAAUUUGACCUGGUGCUCAACUCGAGGCGCCGUGUGGAAGUGACCGAAUUUCUCGUGGAGCGCGAGUUUGACCUGGCACUGGAGGUGAUAAACUUCCUGCACCUGCCAGCCGUGCAGAUCUACGCCAGCGUGGCAGCCUCGCUGGCGGAGAAGCAGCAGCACCGCGUGCUGUUUGAAGGGCUCAUGGAUCGAAUCAAGUACAUGCUGCCGCCCGCUGACAUGGAUGAGGUGAUUGGAGCAGCAGUGAUGGUCUACACCCACACCGCCGUCAAGCUCUCAAAUCUCUCCCUGACCUUCACCGGGCGGCAAGACAUGUCCCGAUCUGUGAAGCUGCCCAAGGAGCAGAUCGACCGACUCAUCCACAUGCUGUCAGACGAGCAUAAGAAGGUGCUCUUCAACGUGGUGUGUCGCAGGCUGCGCCUGGCCUUUCAGAUCGCCACGGGGCACUUCCAGCUCCGCCUGGCCUUUCAGAUCGCCACGGGGCACUUCCAGCCUCAAGGCGGCCAGGGAGGCGUGGCUGCUACUGUCUGCACCAGCGGCAGCAGCAGCAGCACUGGUGGCGGCGGCAGCAGCAGCGGUGGGGGUGGGUUUGGGCCGGUGUACCCGCUACAGAGUCGCAUCAAUGAUGUGAUUUUCAUCAUGCACGAGGCUCGGAACGCACCCAAGGUUCGGGAGCACUGCCGGGAGUGGCUGGCGGCUCGGGGCGUUGUGAUUGACAAUGUGGAGCCGCACACACAGCCGCACUUGCUCCCUCACACUCAUGCUUGGCCCCUUGGGCACGGGGCACAACCAUCACAUUCCCUGCGCUAG